AUGAAGAACUCACUGCUAUUCUUUACUUCGCUACUUGCCCACCGCGGGCGAUGUGGUCCCAAGCCCCAGCUUCAAUGGGACCCCGCAACAGCAAAAGACUGCGUCGAUUGGUACGACAAUGCCGGUGAGCAUUCAUGCGAGUAUGUCAGAGACUACUUUAGUAUCACUCCCGAGCAGUUCUUUGAAUGGAACCCGUCGGUCGGGCUCGAUUGCGGGAGGUGGGAAGUUCAGUCAUAUUGUAUCGUUACGCAGAGGCGGCUGGAAACGGAACCACCGAAGCACACACUGAUAACGGCGACUUCAACCUCGAAGCAUAUCCCGAGCACAACGAGUUCAACGUCGACCGCAUUACGUCCAUCCCCAACCUCGUGGAAGGCGAGAGGAUGCUACGAUGACAACAACAGUGAACUUCCCACGUUGGAGUAUAGAGUUAGCCCGGAUGGAGGGGACACUGACCUGACCAUCUCUAAAUGCGAGGACUCAUGCUAUCGCCGUGGUUUCGAAUAUGCUGGCGUCCGGGAGGGUAACCAGUGUUGGUGCAGUAGCUUCGUGGGUGGCGAGUCGACGAAAAACCAAGCCGAUUGCAACAUACCGUGCUCUGGUGACAGUAACACCAUUUGCGGUGGAAAACAGCUUCUCAAUGUCUUUGAGGCCCUUGAGAACGACGUGAGCCUCACUGGGAGCACUACGAACGGACCAACGCAGACCGCCACUAGCCAGGCCAGUCAAAGUCAGACAAGUCCCAACCAAUCUCUUGCCAGCCAAACUAUGGAUUCGGGCGCCAGGAGAAAUCUAGGGUUGCUACUUUUCUAG